CAGCUCCAGAGUGUCUUUCAACAUACCUGCGACUCCAUAUUUAUGCCGAUUGUUUUCCUCGAGCGUCUGGUAUAGUGUAGGUGUUGGCCGCUGUUGUAUCGAUUGGUGCAUUCCAUCGCGGGCGGCGCGCGUCGAGCAUGUCUCGGCGGGAUGAAUAGGGAAGACUCUAUACAUAUACUAGAGCCCCUGCGUCCACGAUUACGCUGUAUUCCCUUAAACAACUCUUUAGAAUAUAAAUCAUCAGCACACAAACACACCAAAACGUCAUAAUGGUUCGCUCCGUCUUUGUCGCUUCUCUGCUGUUGCUGGCUCCCAACAUUAUAGCAUCCACACUUCCCAACAUGUGCCGCAAGCCACUUGAAGUGUACACCAAGUCGGAAGGCUGUGGCGACAGCUGCAAGUACUCGCGCUGCGAUCUCAAGGUCUGCGGUCUCGGAGGCCAGGUUGGCUGCUACUGCCAGCAGGGCUACAAGCGUGACUUGAGAGGAGAAUGUAUCCCCUUUGACGACGAGGGCUGCGAAUACGUCUCGCCGGAACAGUGCCCCAAGCCCAAGAAGCCGACGUUGCUCGGCAUCAUCCCUCUUCCUGACAAGGACAACAAAGGUGGCAAAUAAGGGGAAUAUGAUGGUACGAUGUAUUUAUACUUUCCGGCUUAGAUCCGGGGAAAAGGAUAGCCUCUGCACUAAUAUAUCAUCACGCGCGCGGUCGUACACGGGCGGCUCGUGAGGAGUGUUUUCCUUUCCUACACUUACCGAUUUUAGCACCAGAUGCGCAACAGUGGCUGUGUAAAAGUGAGCUUGAAAAGUAAAAGUAAACGUUUCUUUUUUUUUGGAAGCAAUUGUCAG